AUGUUAAGUCGGAUUUUAGAGACAAUUUUGACAAAGGUAUGGGAGUCAAUUUCGUCAAAGUUGGUGGAACAAACGGCGGAUAAUGCACACAACAAUCUCAAAAGUAUAAAGGACUUUGAGCUCAAUCUAAAAGCUCUGCAGAAAAAGUUGAAGUCAUUGAGUGCUAAGGCAUCUGAUAUUGAGGAGGAAAUCAAGAACUCAGAGCUUUCUGGUCGAAAGAAAAGGAAGCGUGAAGUUGAGGAAUGGUUGGAAGAGGUGAGGUCCAUUGAAAAUCAAGUUGUUGAGUUGGGGACUCAAGUGGAAUCUGAAGGAUUUAUUAUGAGAUUGAUGGAUGGAGGGUUACCAGCUAAACUAAAUGAUGAGGUUGACAAGCUUGUUGAGCAAAGUCGGAAUUUUGGUGAACUUGUCCUUGAUGUUUGUGGAAGUAGGGGAGAUAAGUUGUUAACAAAUGGGAUGGUUGGUGAAGCUUUUGAUGAAAAUUUGGAAAUGAUUUUGACACUUUUGGAGAGUGGGCAAGUGUCGAGCAUUGGUGUUUAUGGCAUGGGUGGUGUGGGCAAAACGACACUGGCAAAGCACAUUCACAAUCGACUCCUCCAACACUCUCAGGGACGUGUGAUUUGGGUUACAGUCUCUCAAGAAUUUAGUGUUGCGACUUUACAAGAUAAAAUAGCUUGUUUCAUAGGUCUGGAGUUUGUGGGUGAGAAUAAUGAAGACAUAAGGGCGGCGAGACUUAAUACAACUUUGUCUCAAAUGAAGAAUUCAGUGCUGAUAUUAGAUGAUGUGUGGGAAAAUAUUGAUCUUUUAAAGGUUGGAUGUCCCAUUUCUGUCAAGUGUUGUAGGCUUAUUAUAACUACUCGCUCCUUAGAAGUGUGUCGUCAAAUUUGUUGCCAAAAAUUGAUUCCAGUGCAAACUCUACAUCAUCACGAGGCAUGGAAAUUGUUUAAUGAAACGCUAAGAAAUGAGAUAGAACUUGAUUCUUCGGUAGAAGAUAUUGCCAGAUCUGUGGCAGAGUUGUGUGGUGGUCUGCCCCUUGGAAUUGUUACAGUGGCUGGAAGCAUGCGGGGCGAGAGAGCCAUUCAUACAUGGAGAAAUGCUUAUGUAGAAUUAAAAGAACGUGUAUCGGGGAAUGAUGGCAUGGAAGACGGCGAUGUUUAUAAAGUAUUGAAAUAUAGUUUUGAUCGGUUGAAAAGGAACCAUCAUUGUCAGAAUAAUGAGCUCAAUACAUUACAACAUUGUUUCCUCCAUUGUGCGUUACAUCCUGAAGAUAAUGAAAUGAGGAGAGAGUAUUUGGUUAGAGAGUUCAUUUCAGCAGGGUUGGUGGAUGAAAGAAAGACAAGGAGAGCGCAAGUUGAGCAAGGUCAUUCCAUAUUGGAUAAAUUAGUGAAUGUGUGCUUAUUGGAAAGGUGUGUUGUUCCUGAUGAAUUUGGUCCUAUGGAAUGCGUGAAGAUGCAUGAUCUUGUAAGAAGUAUGGCAUGGAAGAUAUGUGAGGGGAAAUAUAUGGUAAGAGCAGGUGAUUUUACCUUGAAGGAAAUUCCCAAAGAAGCAGAAUGGGCAAAGGAUCUGGAGAAGGUGUCCUUUAUGAACAGUGGCAUAAGGAGAAUUGAAGAAGGAAUGUCUCCCGAUUGUCCUAAGCUCUCUACAUUGCUUUUAUGUGGUAAUGGUUGGUUGGAGUUUAUCUCAGAUUCAUUCUUUUCUAAAAUGCAAGGACUGUUCACUCUUGAUUUGUGCUUUACUAAAAUAACAAAGCUGCCAAACUCAUUCUGUGCCAUGAAGAACCUCAAGGCACUGCUCCUUCGGGGUUGUGAUAAGCUGGAAAAUGUUCCAUACUUGGGAGAGAUGAAAGAACUCAGGGAGUUAAACCUCUCGUAUACAGCCAUCAAGGAAGUCCCUCAUGGAGUUGGGGAAUUAUUCAAUCUCAAAUUCCUCGCAUUGGAUGCAUGUAAAUUGAAGAUACUUCCAAGAGGAUUGUUUCUUAAACUUGGGAAUCUUCAGCACUUAGAAUUGCCAUUCUGUAUACGAGUUAUAAUUGAAGAAAUUGAAAAUCUGAAACUGCUAGAGGAGUUUAGUGGAAGGAUGAAAAAUGUGAAUGAUUUUCAUUCUUUUAUUACAAGUUGGGGAAGUCGGGUGCAUGAUACUUGCUACACAAUAGGAGUGGGAUCGUAUGAUAAAAGUUUCCAAGCAAGAAGAGGAUUAUGUUACAAUAAAGAGUUGUUCCUGUCCGAAUGCAACCUUGAAGAUGAGGGAGCAUUAGCAGAGGGAAUUGUGGAGCUAACAAUUAGUAAAUGUGAGGGUCUGAGCAUUUGGUUUGUGGAUGGAUUGAAGAGAUUGAGAAUUCAAAGUUGUGUAGGAAUAGAGUACAUUUUGAGGAGUGAGUCAGGAUUAUCAUCUCAAGUGUCUACUCUUGAAGAAAUUGAACUGGUUGAGUUGGAUGCUAUGAAGGGAUUGAUCGAAAAGGGGGAAAUAGGAGCAUCAGCUGCUGCACUUGCACAACCUGUGUUUUCCUCUCUGACAGAGCUAAGAAUUGAUAAGUGUAACAAGAUGAAGAUGAGGAUACCAUUAUCAGGAGUCCCCAACCUUGAAGCUAUUCAUAUGAGCGAGUGUGAAGAAAUAGAAGAGAUAUUCGAAGAUGAAGGAACAAGUUCCCUCACGCUCCCUAAAUUAAAAUUUUUAUUGUUACAGGAGCUGCCAAGACUGAGGAAGGUUGGGAUACUUCUAUCAGGUGUUCCCAACCUUGAAUGGAUUUCUGUGAGAAAGUGUGGAGAAAUAGAAGAUUUGUUCAAUGAUGGAGGAAGACGUUUCCUCAUCCUCCCCAAAUUACAUCAGUUGUGUUUAGAAGAGCUUCCGAAACUGAAGAGCCUAUGCAAGGGGACAGCCGUCAUUUGCAAUUCCAUUCAAAUUAUAUCCAUAACAGAGUGCCCAAGAUUGAUGAAGAAAUUUCCUGUGUUUGUGGAUUUGCGUGUGCCUCGACUCUGUAAGAUAAUACUGAACCAAGAAUUAUGGGAUUCAUUGAAGUUGGACGAUCCCAGCCUCUCUCGUUUCUUCUGCACUUUGCAAGGCUGAUCAGGUUCUUAUGUAAGUUUUUGGCGCAAAUGUUUUCUAGAUUAUGUUUUGUAAUUACAUGAUACAUGACGCAUAAGCAAAUGUUUUCCAAAGUGCAAGCAUUGUUUCAAAAGGUAAGCUCGAAGAUAACAUUUCACCCCAAAUGAGAGUGCUUACUGCAAAGAAAACUGAGAGAAGAAUACCGGGGAGGAGGAGGGCUGUUUUCAAGGCACUCCUCUUCCACUCUGU